UAAAAGAUCUUUCGAGGAUGAGUUAUCAUCUUCUCAGUUUGCUUAUCCAAUCGGUGGGUGUAGAACAGACGCCUUAAUUAAAUUACAGUAUAUGUACCUGAAAGCACUAGAAGAACCAAAUUGUGAUGCAGUGAGAUUAAUUGCAAUGGACUUUUCCAAAGCAUUUGACAAU